CUGAGGUAUUCUGCUCACAGGCUCCACAAAUGUUCCCAAAUUGAGCCUUGGAGCAAAACCCUAAACCCUCAAAAAAGAUUGUUUCGCGGAAUUUGGAUUCAAUUAUUUUUCAAUCAGCCACGAAUGGCUUCGUCGGAAAUCGAAAUCGUGUCGGAUUCGAGCGAGCAGAAGCCCCCAAAUGGAGGCGUCAACGAAGUUCGCAUCGUCGACGUUUACUCGGCGUCGGCCUACGGGGACUUCGAGAAGCUCAGGAAGUUUGUCGAACACGACAGAGAUUCCCUCACCAAAACGGAUGGCGGCGGAUAUUACGCUCUACAGUGGGCUGCCCUUAAUAAUUUUGCCGACAUUGUUCAGUACAUAAUUGAACAUGGUGGAGACGUGAAUGCAAGAGAUAAUUCUGGGCAGAUGGCAUUGCAUUGGACUGCAGUUCGAGGGUCAAUUGCAGCCGCGGAUGUGUUGCUGCAGAAUGGGGCACGCGUUGAGGCUGCUGAUGUUAAUGGAUACAGGGCAGUCCAUGUUGCUGCACAAUAUGGACAAACAACAUUCCUGAAUUACAUUGUAGCUAAGUAUAAUGCUGAUUUUGAUGUACCUGAUAAUGAUGGAAGGACCCCUUUACACUGGGCUGCCUAUAAGGGGUUUGCUGACACUAUAAGAUUGCUUUUGUUUAGAGAUGCUUCCCAGGGAAAACAAGAUAAGGAAGGCUGUACACCAUUGCAUUGGGCUGCGCUGAGAGGAAAUGUGGAGGCAUGCAUGGUGCUUGCACAUUCAGGAUCAAAGGCGGAAUUAACAGUGAAAGAUAAAGCAGGAUAUACUCCAGUGGAACUAGCUUCUGAUAAAGGUCAUCGGCAUAUCGCUCUUUUCCUUUCAAGUGCAUUGCGUUCGCAGAGCAAGCACUGGAAGGACAGGAUAUGCUCUGGAUGUGGUGGGAAGGCUGGUUAUGCCCCCGUUCUUUUUUCGUUAGUGGUUAUUAAUGUCAUCCUCUUCAUUAACUGUGUCCUAUUUGCUCCUGAUCUAACAAAGGUUACUGCUACUGUUGGACUUUGGGGAUGGACGGGUGUUUCUCUGGCAGUCUGUGCCUUGAUCAUGUUUGUCCGCUGCAGUAGCAAAGAUCCAGGUUAUAUAGAAACUCGGGCGGGUAUGCAUCUUGAUGCAGAGGACCCUUUAUUGGGCAUUGAUUUGAAUAGCAAUUCUAUUUGGAGUGGAAACUGGUCUCAACUUUGCCCUACUUGCAAGAUUGUAAGACCUAUUCGCUCAAAGCACUGUGCUACAUGUCAACGCUGUGUAGACCAGUUUGAUCACCACUGCCCGUGGAUCUCAAAUUGUGUGGGGAAGAGGAAUAAGCGGGAUUUUGUUAUUUUCCUUUGCCUGGGGACUUUAACAGCAUUAGUUGGGCUGCUAGUCGCUCUACAUAGGAUUUGGACAUCUGUUCCCGUCUGGCCAGCUGGAGAAACAUGGGCUCACUAUGUGUUCUUCAACUAUCCCGGCAUCGUUGCCUUCCUGAUUAUGGAUACGGCUAUCUUGAUUGCUGCAGGAACAUUAUUAUCAGUACAAACAAUGCAGAUUGCUAAAAAUAUCACCACAAAUGAAGUGGCAAACAGAGCACGUUACAGUUAUCUUCAUGGCCCGGAUGGGAGGUUUCGAAACCCGUAUAACCAUGGCUGCUGGAAGAACUGCUCUGAUUUCCUUAUACACGGACACAACGACGACAACGAGAUUGCUUGGCCUCCUCUGCAGCAGGUUUCCAGGUAGUGUAUUUAUCAUAUAUAUAUUUACACCCUUUUAUGGAAAAUCUUGUUACAUAAUUUAUUUUUAUUCUAUUGAUCAUAUAUGCUAAAUAACUUGUUCUUUAUAGAAGGGUGCAAAUAUAUCAUGAUGUGUGUACAAGACAAUAUAAUCGAUGUUAGUGAAGAAGUACUUCCAUGUUUGUGACA